AUGAACUCGACAACUGGCCAAGGACAACCAUCAUGCAGGAGCGGCGAGGAGUCAGCGGAGCCCAUUGCUGUCAUUGGUAUGGCAAUGCGGCUACCAGGCGGUGUUCGAUGUGGUGAUGAGUUUUGGGAAAUGCUCGUGAACAAGCGAGAUGGUUUUUGCGAGGCGCCUCCCUCGCGCUGCACUAGAGAGGCAUCGAGUAGCUCUGAUUGCGGAAAUUUGGGCGAAGCGAGGAAAGGCUUCUUUCUGCAAGAGGACCCAGCUUAUUUUGAUACUGCUUUCUUCGCCACUCCUCCCCACGAGGCGGCACGCCUAGACCCCCAGCAGCGACUCUUGCUAGAAGUGGUCUGGGAAUGUCUUGAGAACUCCGGGGAAACGAAGUGGCGCGGUAAAAAGAUUGGUUGCUUCGUUGGUGUCUUUGGAGAGGAUUGGCUGGAGAUGUCGCAUAAAGACCCGCAGCAUCUUAACCAGGUUUAUCCCAUUGGCACCGGUGGGUUUGCUCUAGCAAACCAAGUGUCGUAUCGGUUUGAUCUCAUGGGCCCGAGUAUGACCCUUCAAACAGCUUGCUCUUCGUCUCUGGUGUGCCUGCACGAGGCCUGUCAAGCACUUCGAUCUGGAGAGUGCUCGACAGCCCUGGUGGGCGGAACAAGCCUUAUAUGGAGCCCAACCAUGACAGAUGCCAUGACAAAAAACAUGGUCCUGUCACCGAGUGGUAUCUCUCAUACCUUUGAUGCCGAGGCAGAUGGUUAUGGUCGGGGCGAAGGGAUCAACUGCCUAUAUCUCAAACCGUUGGGAGAUGCUCUUCGAGAUAAUGACCCUGUCCGCGCUGUCAUCCGCUCGACAGUCACAAAUCAUGACGGCAAGACGCCAAACUUUUCUCAGCCAUGUCCUACAUCUCAAGAAAGGCUGAUUCGACAAGCAUAUCAAUUUGCGGGGAUUGACGCUAUCCACGACACACCUGUUUUUGAGUGUCAUGGGACUGGGACAGCCGUCGGAGAUGUGAUUGAAGCAACAGUUGUUGCAAAGAUGACACAGAAAGAAGAGACAUACAUCACUGCGGUCAAACCAAAUGUUGGUCACUCGGAGGGGGCCUCAGGGAUCACCAGCAUCAUCAAAUCCAUCUUGGCACUUGAACACAAGACCAUCCCACCCAACAUCCACUUCAAGACCCCCAACCCCAGUAUUCCAUUCACAGAAGGGAACCUGCAUGUUCCCAUAGAGCCGACUCCAUGGCCUAUCAACAGGCCCGAAAGGAUCAGUGUCAACUCGUUCGGUAUUGGCGGAUCCAACGCCCAUGCCAUUCUAGAGUCCGCACCAAAAAUUAGUUCAACAUACCAUAUAAGAUCAUCAAGCACCUCCAAUCCCCAGCUUUUGGUUGUGUCUGCACAUACUGCAGAUGCCCUUCGCAAACGUAUAGGCCAGAUCACCAACUAUGCUAAGACUCAUCCAGACCGCCUACAUGACCUUGCACAUACUCUUGCUGUGCGAAGAUCGCAUUUUACCCACCGAGCUUUCGCGGUUCUGCAACCAAAUAGCUCCGUUUCAGAUGAUGCAGCAUUCUCAAGCUUCAACGUCACGGCCCCGAACAUCAUUUUUGUGUUUACGGGCCAGGGAGCCCAAUGGCCCGGGAUGGGCCAAUGGCUUCUGCGAUGCUUCCCACAAUUUAAACAGGAUAUUAAAGAAAUGGACGAAACUCUGCAGCAACUACCCGACAGCCCAAAUUGGCUAUUGCAUGAUGAAUUGAGCCAGGAGACUUCAGUCUCUCGGAUACAUGAAGCCGAAUUUUCUCAGCCGCUGUGUGUCGCGCUUCAGAUUGGUGUGGCCACUAUCCUCAGGGGCUGGGGUAUUGAGCCAUCCACAGUUGUCGGGCAUUCCAGCGGAGAAAUCGUCGCCGCAUAUGCCGCCCGGGCCAUCUCAAUGAAAACUGCCAUCAUUUUAGCAUAUUAUCGAGGGAAGGUCGCAAAGCCACUAGAGGGUUUAGGUGCUAUGGUGGCGGUCGGCCUCACUCCGGAUGAAGCGACGCCGUACCUGGCCCCUGGAGUGGUUAUUGCUUGCCACAACAGUCCACAUAGUGUCACCCUGUCAGGGAACAAGGACUCGAUUGACUGUGCAGUCAAAAACAUUAAAACAGCGAGUUCAGAUACACUCUGUCGACGCCUUCCAGUCAAAAUAGCCUAUCACUCGGACCACAUGAAAGAUAUUGGAUCCGAGUAUGAGAAAUGUAUCUCUAGUCAUAUUGAACAUCAUCAAGAUAUGCUCCCGUUCCUCUCUAGCGUCACCGGUCAGACAAUUACCGACCCUCGCCAACUGGAUGCAUCGUACUGGCGACAAAAUCUGGAAUCCCCAGUUCUGUUUACAGAGGCCAUUCAAAGUGUCCCUGCGAAUGGAACUCCCGUUUUCCUAGAGAUCGGGCCACACUCAGCUCUCGGUGCCCCUCUGCGACAAAUCUUCCGGACUUUGGCCGGGAGAUCGCCAGUCUAUAUCCCCACAUUGUUCAGAUACGACGAGGAUGUUCAGAGCCAGCUUCUAAGAACAGUCGGACAAACCUAUGCCUGCGGCGUAGCUCUCGACUGGCCAAGCAUAACGGAGCCAGCCAAGACGUUGACAGAUCUUCCUCCUUAUCCUUGGCAACAUGACCGAGCGUACUGGAGCGAGAGUCGAUUGAGCCGGGAAUGGAGGCAACGCAAAUUUCCGCAUCAUGAAAUCCUCGGUUCUCGAGUGGUUGACACAACCGACCAUCAACCUUAUUGGCGCAACUUAGUGACAUUGGACAACGUACCAUGGCUAUUGGAUCAUGUAAUUCAAGGAACCGUCACAUUCCCCGGUGCCGCAUUUGUCGCAAUGGCGGGCGAGGCGGUUCAACAGUUAUACCCAGACAACGAUAGUUAUUCCGUGCGGCACACGACGUUUUUGACGCCACUCCUGUUUCACGAGGGCGAUCAGAUCGAGAUAGUUACCAGCCUCAGUCCAAUAGAAGUCGCGGACAGGGUUUCAUCCGGUUGGUAUGGUUUCAAAAUCAUGGUUCAUGACGGAGAACGAUGGACGAUCCACUGUCAGGGUCAAGUAAGACCCGGGAUUGACCAUCCCCCAGAGGCCGUCCCAAUCUCCUCCUAUGAGCGGAAUGUGCCAUCUGAAGGGCUAUACCGUGUGCUCCAUAGGAGCGGGAUAGAGUAUGGUACUCAGUUCCAGGGGCUGGAGCGGGUUACAGCAGAUCCCACUGGGCCGAGAGCUACCGCGACUGUUUUGGGUAAUCGCGGGCUCCCUGGGAGCAGGUACUCCUUACAUCCAACUGCAAUAGAUCAAUGUCUUCAACUUAUGGGCGUUGCUUGCUCUCAGGGCUUAUUGCGCCAUCUCACAACUAUUUAUGUUCCGGCAGUGAUAGAUUCCUUGUUCGUCGGAUCAGGAGGCUCACCUAUGCUAGCGAGCGCCCGAACCACUAGCGGUGCACGCGAUGGGCAGAUGGGAGAAGCCAUCGCCAUGAUCGACGAUCGCGUCGUUCUAUCUCUUCAAGGAACCUAUCUUUUCGCCUUAGAAAAUGACCACAUAGAUUCCGGUGCUGGGACUGCGUCCUCGUUGAGCCAUCUUGAAUGGAUACCGGACAUUGAGCUUUUGCCCUUGGCAGCCCUCCUAUCAACGCCACAAGACUUCACUUCACAAGCCAUGAAUAUCAAAGCCGUGGGCCAACUGAGUGCGCUUUAUAUUCUGGAGACAGCUGACAAAAUUCGACACAUCGACUCAUCAUCAGCACACAUUGCAAAAUGGAAGAACUUUGUAUUGCAGGCUGCUCACAGUAUGAAAACAAGUGGACAACAGUCUAUAUAUCCUGAGUCGUCAAAAUGGGCAUUUAUGAGCUCCCAGGAGAGACAGGACCUUAUAGGGAAGGUUCUAAGCGAAACGAAGUUCACCUUCGACGCUCCAAUCGCGGACUGCAUGCAGGUUGUCUUCGAAAACUGCACCGCAUUCCUAUCCGGAGAAAGCAAUUCGCUCGAAGUCCUUAUGAAGGACAAUCUUUUGUAUCGAUUCCAUGCGGCACACACACAAUAUGCUGAUUGGAGGCCGUUUCUACCGUUACUAUGCCAUGCUAACCCAAGCCUACGAAUACUUGAGAUCGGUGCAGGUACUGGCUCUGCAACAGCCAUGGCCCUAAAGCUUCUCAAAUCCGCCAGUGGGGCACGUAUGUAUCACCAAUAUGUUUUCACUGAUAUCUCUUCGGGUUUCAUGACCGCGGCAAUGGAGGAAUUUUCCAAUGAGCAAUGCAUGGAAUACAAAGUCCUUGAUAUAACUCUAGAUCCACUCGAGCAAGGGUUUGAAGCUCAGAGCUUUGACUUGAUCAUCGCGUCAAAUGUUCUCCACACCACUCCCCGUUUACAAGUAACACUAUGUCAUGUGCAUCGUCUACUCAAGCCCACCGGGCGUUUCUUACUCCAUGAGAUUAGCCCAGAAAUCUUGGCUGCAGAUUUCACGAUGGGCGUAUUCAGCGGCUGGUGGCUUGGCGAGGAUAGUGAUCGAGCAGAGAAACCGUACAUCUCACCAGAGAGAUGGGAUCGCGAGCUGCGAGCUGCAGGGUUCACUGGCACGGAUGUGUCGGCUUAUGAUAACAAACCUCCGUACCAUGUAUCCGCGACCAUGUUGUCGCGACCGGUAGACCAGAUCUCCAUUCCUACUGAUAUCUGGUUACUCACUCGGGGUCCUACCCCAUGCCAGUGGGCGAGUGAUGUUGAGUCCUUGUUCCGCAGUCAAGGCUACAUCACUAACUGGACUACCUUACACCAAGCGCCACCUCAGGGCAAAUUCGUCCUCUCAUUGGUAGAUCUUGAACAACCUCCAAUAGGUGCUCUAUCCAAGGACGACUACGAGGUAUUUCAACGCUACAUAGAGCAAGCACAAGAAUGCCGGAUUCUCUGGAUCACGCAGUCAACUUCCCAUACCUGCUUGGAUCCUUCGUUUGCUUUCAUUCAUGGACUCGCACGUACCCUACGAGCAGAACUGCUACUUGAUAUCUCAGUCCUUGAGCUUCCUGCAUGGGACGCGGCGAGUGCAAAGGCAGUAAUACAGGUCUACGAGAAGAUACAAAGAUCCAGAGCGAACUCCCUUCCUGACCCAGAGUACGAAUUCGCACUUCACGAUGGAGAGAUAAAGGUCGGUCGGUAUCAUUGGACACCACUUAUCGAGCAACUCGCAAGUCCAUCUCGACCUGAAGCAUCUCGAAAGCUAACUCUCACAUCAUACGGCCUUCUGGAUACACUAUAUUGGGCUGAGAAAGAUCCGUGCUAUGAUCUGAGUGCUGGACAGGUUGAAGUUGAGAUGGACUACAUAGGGCUAAAUUUUAAAGACAUGAUGGUCGCAAUGGGCUUCUUUGGAAAUAAAGAAGAUCUUGGUCUUGAGGGCACUGGUAUCGUGCUUCAAGUUGGACAUGACGUGACGGACAUCACAAUCGGAGACCGUGUUGUGCUGAUGCAUUCUGGGGUACUGGCCUCGAACGUCGUGGUGCCUCGAGAAGCGUGUAUCAAGCUACCAGAGGGGUUGUCGAUGGCAGACGCUGCCACGAUGCUGACAGCCUAUGUCACUGUGCUCUAUUCCCUGAUUGAAAUCGGUGCUUUGAAGAAGGGCCAGGCAAGAUUGCAGUCUGUUCUCAUCCACUCCGCUUGUGGAGGUGUUGGACUAGCCGCUCUUCAAGUAUGCCGGGCUGUUGGUGCCGAGAUUUAUGCUACUGUCGGCAACGAUAAAAAGGUGGCGUAUUUGAUCGAGAAUUUUGGCUUACCGCGGGAACAUAUCUUCCACUCUCGCAACACCUCCUUCCAACCAGAUCUCAUGCGUGCGACAGCUGGAAGGGGGGUUGAUAUAGUGCUUAAUUCACUGUCAGGGAACCUAUUACACGCUUCUUGGGAAUGCGUUGCAAAGUUCGGACGGAUGGUUGAAUUGGGGAAACGUGACUUCAUCAGUCAUGGCAUGCUGAAUAUGAGCAUGUUCGAGGAUAAUCGAGCAUUUUUCGGUGUUGACCUCGCACAGGUUUGCAAGGAGACUCCAGAGAUCCUUACGAGCACCUUGGCAAUAUUUUCAGACUGGUGUCGUCAAGGCAAAAUUGCACCUAUCACACCUGUCAAAACAUUUGACGCGGUCGACGUUGUCAGCGCGUUCCGAUAUAUGCAAGCUGGCACCCACCUAGGCAAGAUAUUAGUUCAUAUGCCGCCCACCGUGGACAAGUUGCCAUCCCCAAUGGUAAAAGCACAUCCAUCGUUCCGAUCUGACGCUGCCUAUCUGCUCAUUGGUGGGCUCGGUGGCAUUGGACGGUCUGUCUCAACCUGGAUGGUCGAGCAGAAUGCGCGAGAGCUCAUCUUCCUCUCCCGAUCGGCUGGUAAGUCCGAAGAGGAUCAAGCAUUCAUCUCCGAACUUGAAGCGCAAGGCUGUCAUGUCAUUUGCGUGGCAGGUAAUGUCACCAAUAUCAAGGACGUGAGGGAGGCCGCUUCUGCAUGUACUAGGCGCCUGGCUGGUGUCCUUCAGAUGGCAGUUGAUUUGAAGGACCGUUUAUUCCUGCAGAUGAGCCACCAAGAAUGGGAGGAUGCACUGGCUCCAAAAGUAGCGGGAACCUGGAACCUGCAUCAUGUCACAUCACAACACACACUGGAUUUCUUCGUCGUUUUUGGCUCCGUUGCCGGGGUGUGUGGCAAUACUGGUCAAGCAAAUUAUGCCGCAGCAACCACAUUUUUGGAAGCAUUUACCCGAUAUCGACGGCAACUAGGCCUGCCUUCUUCUAUCUUGCACCUCGGAGUAGUUGGAGACGUGGGUGCUGCAAGUCGGAACACUCGCUUCCUUCAGAGAGUACAAUCAAUCGCGCUUCACGUACUUCAUGAAGCUGAAGUGAUUGACGGACUCGCUGCAGCAAUCAAAAUAUCAUCAGUCAGGUCUUCUAGUAUUACAGGGGCCAUUUCAAUGGGACUAUCGCACACCAGACGCCGUGCCGAUCUUCCAAAAACAAUUUUCCUUGGGUCGCGGGACGCCCGAUUUUCGAUUUAUCCCAACCUCGAGUCUGCCGAUGCGGGCAUUGGUGGAGAUCAAUCGUCUCAGGCAAAUGGGUUGAAGAUCCUUCUCGCUCAGAUCCAGGCAGAUCCCUCGCUGACGAGCAAGAGGGAGACCGAGAUCGCCUUGAUUGUAGAACUAGGGAAGUUCAUCAAUCAUAAUCUCACAGGACAGACGCAGGAGCAGGAACAGGAUUCGGGAGAUGAUACCGAAGCGAUUGCUGCCAUGGCGGUGGAUUCUCUCAUGGCCAUCGAGGUUAGAAAUUGGCUUCGAAGGUCGCUGGGCGUGGAAAUCCCUACGGUUGAAAUUAACCGGGCAGGGACACUGGGAGGCUUGGUGAAGGUGGUCUUGAAGGGACUGAGGGAGAAGUAUGACCAACGUGCUACCUAA